ACCGCACACAUCAUGUCACAAGACUGACAUAAUCUCUUCAAUAUUUGUUCCCACUUAACUCGGCGUCGCCCAGGAUUCAAGGAUCACGAUGAGCAUCGUCAGCAGCAGCAACUUGCUCUUGCAUCCUCGUCUCCCCUCCGCAGAUCGAAGCAGGGCCUCCUUCAACCCUAGAAUUCCCAGUUUCUUCCACAAGCAGGACCCGCAGCUGAGGAGGAGAGCGGUCGUCUGCAGCUACGCCCCCGAUGACUCGGAAAAGACGAAUUCGGGCGACCGGUCCGAAUCCGGGCUGCAGAUUUACUCUCAGAUCGAGAGGGUAAUUACUGAAACGGCAAAGCAGUCUCAAGUUAGCUGGGGAACGUCAGGAGAUUGGAGUGAAAUCGAGGGUGCAUGGGUGCUCAAACCAAGAAACAUCAAGCCAACAUCAGUUAUUCAUUUUAUUGGUGGUAUUUUUGUUGGAGCUGCACCUCAACUUACAUAUCGCUUUCUUCUGGAGCGACUCUCUGAGAAGGGUAUUUUGAUUGUUGCAACACCUUUUGCAAGCGGCUUUGAUCACUUUGCUAUUGCAGAUGAAGUACAAUUUAAAUUUGAUAGGUGCAUGAGGUCCUUACAUGAUACCGUAAAUAAUCUUCCAGUAUUUGGUGUUGGCCAUUCCCUAGGAUCAGUGAUCCAUCUUCUUAUUGGGUCAAGGUAUGCUAUAGACAGAAAUGGUAAUGUAUUAAUGGCGUUCAACAAUAAGGAGGCAAGCCUAGCAAUUCCAUUGUUUUCUCCUGUUAUUGUACCAGUGGCUCAAAGUUUUGGUCCACUUUUAUCCCAGCUCACAUCUCCAACAAUUGUCCGUGGGGCAGAAAUGGCUAUAAAGCAAUUAGAGAAUCUCAGUCCUCCAAUUAUGAAACAAGUUUUGCCUUUAGUUGAGCAACUUCCUCCAUUAUAUUUGGAUUUGGUCAAAGGAAGGGAAGAGUUUAUUCCUAAACCAGAGGAGACUCGUCGACUGGUAAAAUCUUAUUAUGGUGUCUCAAGGAACCUCCUGAUUAAAUUUAAGGAUGAUAUGAUAGAUGAGACUCCAACUUUAGCUCGAGUGUUGAGUGCUGAAUCUGCCAUAAGUUCCUCACUGGAUAUGUCAGUUCGAUCAAUUCCUGGAGAUCAUGGACUCCCUUUGCAACAGGUUUUACCUGAUGUUCCUCCUGCAAUGGCAAAUGCUGUAAACCAAGGAGGUGAGCUUCUGGCUAAUCUCACUGCUGGGACUCCAUUGGAAACAGUAGCCAAAGAAGUAAGUAGCACCUUCAGUGCAGAUUCUGGAAUCAUUCGAGCACAGAAUUCUAAACUUGUUGAUAUGCUGGCUAAUGUGAUCGCGACAUGGAUAUUCUCAAAUUCCAAUCUGAAAAACUGACAAUUAGCAUGGUUCGGAAAGGGAAAAAGGAUAGUUCAGAAGCACAAAAGAAAUUAUAGAUCGGAAAGUAUGGUUAGGUACCAAGCUAUUUUCAUGUAGAUUUUGUCCAAUUUGUACAGAAAAGUAAAGACCAAGAAAAGAACAUGUUUGUAAGUGAAGUGUGUAAAAAUGUAUCUCGUUUAUGUAAUUGAACAAUUGAUGCACGUGUGAAUAUUUAUCUUGUAUACAACCUUUCUGAAAUUUGUGCAAACAAAGAAGAGUAAUUUUCAGAUAAAGCAUUGUAUGCCAAUUUUUUUUAUCUUCA